AUGAAGGCUCUGGCAUGCCUAAAUCAUAAAACCCUGAGAGGAAAGGCGAUGAGGAUUAUGUGGUGGCAUAAGGAAUCAAAACUAAGAAAAUCUGGGAUUGGGAAUGUUUUUGUGAAGAACCUUCCUGCUUCCAUCGACAGUGCUCAAUUAGAGAGCAUGUUUAACAAAUAUGGCAAAAUAGUGUCUUGCAAAGUUGUCGAGGAGGAAAAUGGAAAGAGCAAAUGUUUUGGAUUUGUUCAGUUUGAAACACACAAUUCUGCCAUUUCUGCUAUCACUUCCCUCCAUGGAGCAGUGUUUCAAGGGAAGAAGUUAUAUGUGUCCAUAUUUAAGAAGAAAGAAGAGAGGGUGAUGGAUGCAUUUAAAGAGCAAAAAUUCACUAAUUUGUAUGUGAAAAAUUUCGGUUGCAAUAUGACUGAGAAUCUCCUAAGAGAGAAAUUCUCCAAAUAUGGGAAGGUUAAUAAUGCUGUGAUUAUGAGGGAUGAAGAAGGGAAUUCAAGAGGAUUUGGGUUUGUCAGAUUUGAUUCGGAUGAAGAUGCUAGGAAGGCGGUUGAAGCUCUUAAUGGUCAACUAAUAGGAUCAAAGAAGAUGUUUGUUGGAAGGGCUUUAAAGAAGGCCGAAAGGGAAAUACUUUUGAGAAUGGAGAACACACCUGAGGAGAUGUCUUGUUGA